AUGGCACCUGAACAAAAAGAGAUGGAAAGGAGGAUAGUACCAAAGAAAGUACUUCAUCUCCAUAUCCUGUAUUUUAUGUUUUGGAAUGAACCCAUGACUCUGACCCAAACGGUUGAUGGUCUUGAACUCAAUCACCUCAGUAAGAACUGUGAUCCACUUGUGGCCAGUCUGGAGUCUGCUAGAGCCCCUUUGCCGGUCGCGAAGGAAGAGGAGAAGAGGAGCUUUUCCACCACCAGUGUCGGCACGACCUCUUACCUCCUCCGCACCCCUGAACACCCCUUCAUAAUUCCUCUUACCCCUUCUUUCACCCCAACACUCGGCAUCGCCCGUUCUUUGCUUAAACAGGGUGGCAAUAAAUGACAUGUCUGUUCC